CCAGCUAGCUAGCUACAGGGCUGUAAAGUAGAGGUGGAGAUUGUGUCAAAACGGAAUAUAUAGGUAUAUUUUUUAUUAUCUAGCCAGAUUAUUCUAUAAUGCCCAGUAAAAAGAAGAAAUAUAACGCUCGAUUCCCUCCGCCUGACCAAAACGAAGUGUAAGUGAUCCAACUCACUGAUCUCCUCCUAUUCCAGGCAAGGAUUAAGAAGAUUAUGCAGACUGAUGAGGAAAUAGGCAAAGUGGCUGCAGCAGUUCCUGUCAUCAUAUCACGAGCCCUUGAGCUUUUCUUGGAAUCACUCCUUACAAAAGCCUGUCAAGUCACCCAGUCGCGGAAUGCUAAAACAAUGACCACGUCACACCUAAAACAGUGCAUUGAGCUGGAACAGCAGUUUGACUUCUUGAAGGACCUGGUUGCAGCCGUGCCAGACAUGCAAGGCGAGGGAGAGGACAACCAUGCGGAGGGAGGGGACAAGGUGGCCCGCAGAGGGCGGAAACCAGGGUCAAGUCGCAAGAAUGGUGGAGCAGGCUCCAAGGGGAAGGACAAGAAGCUGUCGGGCACAGAGUCUGAACAAGAGGAUGACUCAGAGGACAGCGAGACGGAGGAAGAGGAGGAUGGGUCUCAGUCAAGCACAAACCUACAGCCAGCUUCACGCUUCCACAGCCCCGACAUGCCACCUCAGUACCUCCACGUCGGCAGCGCACAGGGUGCCCAGCCUAUGCCCAUGCCCCUGGGCUCCUUCGCCCCUCACCCUUCGCUGAUGGGCACAGCGCCCCCACCUCCAGCCCCCAUGCCGCACAAAGAGGAGGAGGAUGACGACGACGAAGAUUAUGACUCUUAGCUCCCCCCCCCCCCUCCCCCACCAACUCUUUUACAUUUUAUUUCCUCCUACGUUGUUCUUAUCGAGGCUGCACUGAGGAGGGGCGGGGUGGGGGGGCGGGAGGGGGGGGUUGACACUGAGGUAUCGCAGCCCCGUUGCAAGGAGAAAAGCCCACAACAGCUGGCAGACACAGGCGUGUAGCCUAGUCAAGACAAAGACCCUGCAGAAGACGAGUCAUCAGUUGUGUAUUAAGUGUUUUAAUUUUCUUUAUCUUUUUUUUUUUUUUUAUUUGAUCAAUUCUUGUUUUAUUGUGGAAAGAAAAGAAAAAAACAAUGAACCCGUUUUUUUUUUUUUUUAAGACGUGUCGGUUGUUCUAUUCUGACUUAAAAAUGUAUGUUUUGAUAGACCCACUUUGAUAGACCCACCCCCUCACCUCUCAUUCAGACAGGACAAGUUAUGAGUCCCUCAUGUAGUUUGCACUUUGGUUUUUCUCUCGUCUCGCUCCAGUUUCCAGUAUCAGACUUUAGUGGUGUUCAAAGAACAUAUCACUAGCUCCUUGUGAAUGUCAGUAUUGGCCUCAGGUUGGUAGCAAGACAAGCAUUAACCUUACAGCUUUAAAUAUAUACUAUACAUGCAAAAACAUCUACUCUAGAUUAGUUCAGGAGAAACCGUUAAAUGUAUUUGAAAGUGAUCAGCACUUGAAUAAGGGAAGGCGAUGUCCUAAGAUUGUCUAAGGAAUCAUUUCAUCACUGGGAUAUGGGAUAAGAAUCUGGAUUUUAUGGAUACUGAUUAAGUUGGUUUAGAUUUAAGGUACUUGAACAAUGGAGGAACUUCACUACCAGGUUUAAAUCAAGACUAGGCUAAAUGUUUGCCAUAGACACCAGUCCAUAAGGUGUAGGCCCUGCUUUCAAGCUUAAAUAGAUCACCUAUAGGUAGUCCAUUUGUUAGUUUAAGGCCCUAGGACCCUAGAAGCAAUAAAGCAAUGAGAUGUAUUUUACUCUGGGUUGUGUAACUUCAGCAUUAUUCACAUUAGUUUCCCUUUUAAGACACAGUUUUUAUGAAGUUCCAUGGGUCCUAGUGAAUACAUCAACCUCACCUCAAAUGUCAACCAUAUCCAUAAUAUCAUAUAACAACAAACUUGGUAAUCUAUUUAAUUUUUUGGGUUUCUGUUUAUUUUUAUGAUGACGAAAAUGCUUCUAAAAUUAUGAAUGAUAUUCCUUUGUGUCCCCAAGCCCCAAUCAGCCACAACUCUUUACAUUGAAGACAAAAGGUAUCUGUGUUGUGCUGGCUGUGAUGUCAAAAGAUGAGAUGGAUUCUGUGAUUCUCCCUUUAGAUUCUAACUUUGUUUUUAAAGUUACCCCCCCACCCCUUCCCCUCCUUCACCUAUUAUUUGCCAAGUUUUGGACCGUUAUGCCCCCUUUUUGAAUCAAAUUUUCCUCCGUAUUUCAUGUUAAUUUUUCUCUCUUUUAGAUUGUUUUAAUGUACGCAUUUAAAACAGAAGAAGGAUAGGGCCUGCUACUCUGUCGGUCUUGAUAUUAAUUAGUUUCAAGGUAGGCAGUCAGAAUUGAUGCUGUAUGUAAAACUUUUAACAUUCUUUUUAUUUUGUAUGAGUGAAAUAAAGUUCGAAUUUCAAUAAAACACAGGUCAACUUGU